AUGGCUUCUUCAGAAUUUGGUAUGUCAGCAUCUCACCCAGCUGGCAAAGAUGAUGGUGGGGAACCAAAUAAAGCAUUAUGGGCACCUCCAGAAGGGACAGCACAACCACCUUCAGAAGAAAAUAAUCCCCUUCAAAAACUUCUCAUGGAUCUGAUGUUGAAAGGUCAAAACAUCAUCAGAGCAGAAACAAAGAUGCAGAUCAUUCGUCCAAAUCCAGGUUUGGAAGAUCCAGGUACAUGUGAAGACUUUCAGUAUGAUGAUGGUGGCCAAGAUCAUAACUGGAGUGAAGUAUCUUUGGAAUAUCCAGAAAACAUGGGGAAAGGCUGGCUUGAUAAGUUGAAUGAAAAUUACCACACACCAGAUGAUGUGUUGCAAAUUCCAGAGGUUGACUUAACCAACAUGAAUCAGGAUCAAUUGAUGGCAUUCAACAUAACUAUGAAAACACUCAAUAGCUUCAUAGAUGAGGACAAGGAUUUCAAACCUUUGCGAAUGAUUGUAUCUGGUACUGUUGGAUCUGGAAAGUCCUUUUUAAUAAAAUGUUUAGUAAAAGCUAUUCGCAUGUUAUUUAAUAAUAACAAAUCAGUGCAGGUGUUAUGUCCCACUGGUAACAGUGCCAAUUUGAUAUCUGGCGUUACCCUACACAGCUUCCUGAAAAUUCCAACUCGUCAAAGAGGAAAGGAAACGAAGCAACCGGAAGGCACAACUGGUGAAAUCCUCCAAAACAACUGCAGACGUGUGCAUGUUCUGUUAAUAGAUGAACGAUCACUAAUUGGAGCAAAUACCCUCGGCUGGAUGGAGUUCAUGUGUAAAUGUGGAAUGUAUGCUGGAUCAAAGUUUGAUCAAUCAUGGGAUGGACUUCCUGUUGAUAUUUUUUUUGGAGAUGAUGUGCAGCUUCCUCCUGUACUUGAUGCACCUGUAUACCACUGCAAAAGUCCCAUAUCUGCUUCAAUGCACGGUGUUCUGGUUUGGAAUGAAUUUGACACGGCAGUACAUUUGCAAAACAUUGUUCGUCAAGGAAGAGAGGAAGAAGAGUUUCGUGAUAUUCUUCUAGCUUUGCGGCAACACAAUGUUUCUUCUACUCAAGCAAAAUGGCUGCAACAAUUUCAAUGGAACAACUUGAAAGCUGCAUAUGGAGAAGAACUUUUGUAUAGCAUGUCCGAUGAAGGUUUGUUUGUGUUUCCAACUCAUGCUGAAGAGUGGCAGCAUAAUAAGUCCAAGCUGUUGGAGGCAAACAGGAAUUUUCCAAUCGCAAAAUGUAUUGCUGUAAGCACAGGGCCACAUUCAAAAGGAGGAGAAAGCUGUAAAGCUGGGGGUCUUUUAGACACUCCGUAUCUGUGCAGAAAUGCCACAGUAAUGCUUUCUGUCAAUCUUUGUGUGCCUUAUGGGCUAUUCAAUGGUGCAAUGGGCAGGGUCACCGACAUCAUAUAUCUGGAAAACAAAAGAUACCCGCAGUCUUUACCGGAUGUUGUCAUGGUUGAAUUCCCAAACUACACAGGGCCUUAA